AUGGCGCGUUCGAUGAGGUUGUUUCUGGUCCGCCAUGGAGAAACAGUCGAUAACGUAGCCCAGCUCUAUGCUGGCAGUAGAGACUCAGAGCUCACCAAUCAUGGCUACCAACAGGCCACGCGCCUAGGCACUCACUUCCGAGGUGUCGGACUCUCGUUCACGCACAUCUUCUCGUCGCAUCUUCAGCGAGCUGCAAAAACGGCCGGCAAGAUACGCGAAGCGCAAUUGACACGGACCAACGCUGAAGGUCUGCAACAAGCAGUUCCGGAUGUCAUCCAGCUGUCAUUACUCAUGGAGCAGGAUUUCGGGUCGAUGGAAGGGAAGAAAUGGUACGACCGCUCACCGGAGGUGCAGCUGUCUGGCAAGGAGCAUCAUCGGCAGGAGAACAAGGACACGGCUGGGUUUGUGGAUGUGGAGUCGAAAGAUGCCAUGGCACAACGCGCCGACACCUUCCUCGAUGAGCAUCUUCUGCUACUGUUGGAAGAUUCUGCGGAGGCGACGGAUUUAGUGGUUGCCAUAGUCUCCCACGGCAUCUUCCUUUCCAGCCUAUGGAAGCGCAUACUCUUACGUCUUCCUCCAAAGAGUGUUGUGCUUUGCCCAGAGCUCCAAGCGACUGCCCGCCCAUCACUAGAGCAUCUGGGUGGGUGGUCGAAUACUGGCUAUCUGGAAUUGUGCAUGACCAAGACUCUGCUUCCGGACUCAACUCCUGCAUAUUUGCCCUCGUCGCCCGCUGAGACGCCGGCGACGGCUGAGCACGUUGGCAAGGUCGAGCUUCUACCGGCUGCUACAGGCGACGUUGCUACCGACCAGCAAUUAGCGGUAGAGGCACCACCCCUCCCGGCCGGCUUAGGAAUAAUGUCCCCUACACCACGCAUCGCUAAAGGUUGGACAGCGAAGAUCUUGAAUAUUAAUGGUAAAGAUCAUCUCAAGGGGCUCAAACGUACAGGCGGUGGUGUUGGAAGCUCCCGACACGAUGCCUCGCAGAAGAGCAUCGAGACCUUUUUCAAGCGACGCAAGGUUGAAUGA